AUGUUGCCCGUGAGUCUGUUGGCUCUGGGAUUAUCCUUUGCAGCUUCAGCAUCUUGCCAUCUGCAUGCUCCUUUACGCAAUCGCGCAAUAAUUGACCAAAGCGGUCUCGCUGACAGCUAUGACUAUAUUGUCGUUGGCGGCGGCUCCGCGGGUCUCAUCGUUGCUUCCAUUCUUUCAGACAAUUCUAGCGUUUCUGUUCUUGUUCUCGAGGCUGGCGGGUCUGGAGAUGAUGUCGCCGUUCGUCGAGAUACUCCCGGAGACACUUAUUACAAUGGUCUCGGCGGUACUGAGUACGACUGGUCGUUUUCAACUGCUGCACAAACCAACCUUGGCGACCGGAUCCUUAAGUGGUCUCGGGGCAAGAUCCUUGGUGGUUCUGGUGCGACCAACGGCAUGUACUACACGCGUCCCAACACCAUUGAGAUGAAUGCGUGGGCCAGUCUCUUGGAAUCACAGGACUCAGCUGGUUCCGCCAAGUGGGGCUGGGACAAUUUCUACUCGGUUAUGAAGAAUAUGGAAACCUGGACUCAGCCCACUGAUUCAGCAGCAUCUGUUGGUGACAUCCAAUACGAUGCUUCUGUUCACGGCACCAGUGGUCCCCUUCAUUCAUCCUAUCCUGCUGUUGAAAUAGGUUUAGUCGGUAACUGGACGCAAACUUGUUCCGCUGCCGGUAUUCAGACGCGUACGGAUCCUCAUAGUGGAGAGAACUGGGGAGCCUUUGUUUCUACCUCGUCUAUCAAUCCCACGAACUGGACUCGUUCAUACUCGCGUUCGGCCUACAUUGACCCCCUUCCGCCCCGGUCCAACUUGGCCAUCUUACCCGGUGCCACUGUCACCAAGAUCGUAUGGGGUAGUUCUGACAGCAACGGUCUCAAGGCUACGGGCGUUUCCUGGGCGGCAGCUUCAGGCUCAACAGAGCAGACCAUCAACGCCAAUAAAGAAGUUAUUCUCGCUGCUGGGGUUGUUGGCUCGCCCCACAUCAUGCUCCUGUCUGGGGUUGGUCCUUCUAGUGUUCUCUCCAGCGCCGGCAUCGAACAGAAACUGGAUCUCCCAGGAGUGGGUCAGAACGUCCAGGAUCAUGUCGGUAACGGUAUUACUUUCUCCACGACGGCGGACACUUUGGGCAGUAUUUACGCAAGCAACUCCACUUUUUCAGAAUCGACAGAGUUCCUUUCCCUGAUCAACAAUGCCAUCGCCUACGUUAACCUAACAGUUCUUAUGGGUUCUAAUGCCGACACUUGGAUUCAGAGCGUCAAGAACGAUUAUACCGCCAGCACGGGUUAUCUUCCCUCUAAUGAUUCCACCAUCGUAUCUGGCUAUGAGGCCACUUUCAAGACUAUUACGGAAACAUAUUACCCUAGUGCAGACCCCCAGAUUGAGCUCCUGUUCUCAUUGAACGCAGCGGGUACUGUCAUCAUCCAAGCCGCGCUUCAGCAUCCUUUGAGCCGAGGCCAGAUCACGAUCAACUCUACUUCGGCGUUCGAUUCUCCUGUCAUUGACCCCAAUUACUUCGCGCAUUGGGCCGAUCGUGAUAUCCUUCGUGCGGCGUUCAAGUUGUGUCGUACGAUCGGUGCAACUGAACCAUUGUCGGGCAAUCUUGGCACCGAGUCUGCCCCCGGAACUGAUGUCACCACUGAUGAUGCUUGGAAUACCUGGAUGAACGCAAACGUGCACACAGACUACCAUCCUAUUGGCUCCAUGAGCAUGCUUCCAAAGGACCAGGGUGGCGUGGUCGAUACUAGCCUUAAGGUCUACGGAACUUCCAACGUCCGCGUCAUUGAUGCUUCCGUAAUUCCGAUUGAAAUGUCUUCUCAUAGUGGCAGUCUCGCUUUCGCCAUCGGUGUCCUGGGAGCUGAUCUUAUUCAAAACCCCGUUACAGCGACUUCUACGGCGACGAGCUCGGCCCACAGCAGUACAUCGACGUCAUCAAGCUCUGGCUCCAGUUCCGGCAGCACUGGUGCUGCAACGUUGACACUUCCUCCUCGAGCAGGCUUUGCUGUUGCAGCUAUCGUUGCUGGCGUCAUGCUGUUCUUGUAG